UGAGGAACAAGGACAAGAAGAGGUUAGCCAACGUUUUAAAAUUGUUUUUGUGAAUAACGUAGCGGAUCAGUUCUGGUUUCUUAAAAUCUCCAAAUAUUGCAUUCAUAUUUUAAAUUAUUAAAAUGUAUAUCGCCGCCACUUUGGUUAAAGAAACAGUGCCAAAUUACUUAUCUAGCUUGCCUAUACCUAAUUCUGUUGGAGGGUGGUUUCAUUUAGGAGUUAAAGAGUGGAUGGCAUUAGUGCCACCAACGGCUGCCUUGGCUGGAUUUACUUACAUAACCUACAGAGCAUUCUGUCCCCAUGGCAGACCUUGUCCCACUGGCAAAGUUAAUGCAAGCAUUUUAAAAAGCAAUCCCAAAGUAGUUGAUACCAUUGAUGUUGAAGAUAUUGCUGAAAAAGCUGCAUUCUGUCGCUGCUGGAAAAGCAAAAAUUGGCCCUAUUGUGAUGGUUCUCAUGCUAAUCACAACAAAGAAACUGGUGAUAAUGUAGGUCCAGUUGUGAUUAAAAAGUAGGAUGUCCCUCCAUUAGCUCAGUUUUGAUUAAAUUAGUAUAGGGUGGGAUAGCAAAAGCUUUUAAUAAAGUACCUUCUUGCUUUGAUUUUAAAAUUUAUACAUUUAUUGUUGUGUAUAUAAUAUUGUUAUUAAAUAAUUAAUUUUAAUAAAUUAUUUUGCA